GGAAGGAAUAAUUCUUCAGACAUUUCAGUGUCCAAUACUGUUAUUAAUUCCGACAAUGUAACGUAAAACUUGAAAAGUACUUGGUUCAGAAAAAAAAAAGAUAACCAAAAGUUUGCCAAGAUAUAAUUAACCAAAAUUUUGUAGGAUUUUGAAAUAUUUUUUCUUAGAAAUAAAUACUCACCAUGCUGAAGUCCUAACGAAAAUUACCUGAAUGUUUUAUUUGACAUAAAUAUUGGAGUUGUCAUUUUGAAAUCCUUAGUACUUUCAUAUAAUUUUAAUAAAUUUAUAGGUUUCAAAUGAGACUGGAUGAUAAAUCACAAUUAUUAUUUUUUGCCAACGAUAAAUCACAAUUUUAGUUUAACCUUUUAUUUAAUCCUACAUUUUUAUCAGCAUAGAUAAUAUAUUCAAAACUAAUAGCUAAAUAAUAUUGCUGAUUUAUUUUUCCUACUAACUAGAUAUUUUUUCAAUAGGAGAUAACCUUUCAACUUCAAUGCUACUUAACCCGUGAUCACGUAAAUGAUGUAGAGCAUGACGCAUCACUAAUGCAAUGCAAUAACUUCAGAGUUCAUGAUCUAACUAAACGUCAUUUACCGUUUCGCUCUUCCAUUAUAAAAGAAACCAACAAAAAAACUCUUCACCAUUGUGUACUCUCAUUGUUAGAAACAAAAGUAUGAGCAACAUCAAACAAUUUUUCUUAGCCAUUUACAUCUCUCUAGUCUUAACAUGUCAAGAUCGUGUCGUAGCCAGGAGCGCCACCAUGAGAGACAUCAUAGGCCCCAAGAUUUCUAAUUGGCAAGUCAUGGUAGUCAACGGUUUAGCUACGUCUGAAACUCUCUUCAUCCAUUGCAAAUCUAAAGAAGACGAUUUAGGAGAACAUACUCUGCGUCUUGGAGAUAGGUUUUCAUGGAAUUUUGGAGAAAACAUGCUUCACUCAACUUUGUUUUGGUGCUACUUGAGUAAAGAUGAUGGUCAUAUGAAUGUGCAAGUGUUUUGGGAUGAUGUAAUCUUAUUCCAUAGAUGUGGUUGGAAGAAGUGCGUUUGGACUGCUAAAACUGAUGGGCUUUAUCUUUGGAACUUUGCGAAUGGUCAAGACUUGUUGUUAGAGAAAUGGGAAGCUGGAUGGUGAUUUUUUCUUCUUAAUGUUUAGUUUUAUGGAGAAACAAAACUAAUUCAAGAUGUUUUUUUCUCUCUCACAAAAUUCUCUUCAUUUUGUACUUUUUCCAUCAUAAAUUUCCGUUUUGUUUGUUAGUAUAUAGUUAUAUAUUACAUAGACAAACCGGUUAGUUUAUCGAUUAAUAUUGUGUGAUCAACUUAGAAACAAUUAAAAUAUAAAUAAAUUAUUAGAUCUUCUCUCUAUUGCUCAAAAAUCCCAAUAUAUAAUUCAUGAAUCAUCAUCCCCCUUCAACAUGUCGAAAUCCAACAUGUAUAAUUCAUGAUCGUUAUAGCAUGUACAGCUUCGGUUUAUGUUCGAUAUUCAAAUAUAUGCAUUUUGUAAGACUCUAGUUUUGGUUUGGAU